GGGAGGAGCUGGCCAUGAGAGUAGACCUCACCGAAGCUCGAGUCCAGGUCUGGUUCCAGAACAGACGCGCCAAGUGGAGACGGCAGGAGAAGAUCGGCGCGCAUGCGCACCCGUACAUGCCGCCACCUAGCGGCGGAACGCUGAACUACCGCGGAUCUCGCUGCGAGUCCGAGGAGAGUGACGCACGUCCGGGCUUUCUUCCGCUGCACCAGACGAUGUCAGCCGAGCGCGCGCUCGCUCAUAAGGCGGCCGCUUACAACUGGAUGUCCGUGCUCGGUGCCGGCGGCGGCUUCCUGUCGUUCGACUUCCAGAAGAGCUACUACGGCGCGUCGUCGCUUCCCUAUCCCCUCAGUCCGUGUCAACCCGCUGCCGUUAAGGUGCAAGAGUCGGCGGGAGCGGGAGCGUUG